AUGGCAACUGACUGGCAUGUCAUGACAUAUGCACAUUGCAUAAAACCAGUUCCUAGUGAGGAGUUCUGGACUGUCACUAACCAAUUUAGGCCUGCUCCACCACCCAUCAAGCGACCUAUUGGGAGGCCAAAGGUCCACAGCCGCAACAAGGACCCAGCUGAGGCUCAUAUUCAGGGAGACAAGUUGAAGAGAAGCUUUCAAGAUCUAAACCAAUCUCAAGGUGAAAACUAUGCUGAAACUAGUGCUGUGCAAGAACAAUCUGCUCCAGCAUCAUCAGGGCUUACACCAUUAGCUGCACCAAUGUUCCAUCAAGUACCUGCAGCAACACUACCUGCUCCUCCAGUCCAAACUCUAUUCAGGCCUCCAGCCCAGUUGCCAAGAAUGGACCAACCCAGAACCCGAGCUGCUGCCUCUAAAUUCAGAGCCAAACAAACAAUUGUCAGGCUCCCAACAAGUUCAAAUCCAACACCUGCUGGAACACCAAAUCCACCACAAACUCAAAGCACAACCACCAGUGGUGUACCAUCUAAAGAGACAUUGAAAGCAGCUAGCAGUGGCACUACAAGGAUUUCUAGGUUCAUCCCUACUCCUGGAUCCAAGCAUUAG